AUGUCUAAGUUCGACUGUGAGCCCAGUGCUCACGCCUAUAACACUAUCUUGAAGAUUGGUGGAUUCUGUAAGAUUGAAAACUUCAACGCUGUCCUCGAGAUGCUCGAUGAUAUGAGCAAGAAGGGUGUGCUGCCUGAUGUUAAGAUGUAUACGGCUAUUAUUUAUGGCCUCUGUCAGUGGAAGAAGGUUGAUGAGGCGUUUAGGUUGUUUAACACUAUGAAAAAAAAUGGGUGCUUGCCUACUUUGCGCUGUUAUAAUGUCUUGAUUGAUGGGUUUUGCAAGAACGGAAGGACAGAUGAAGCACUUUCUUUGCUGUCUUUGUUGAGGAUAGAUGAUUUUGCUCUUAAUCUGCAAAGUUACUGUUCUCUGAUAAAUAGCUUCAUUCACGCCAAGAGAUAUAGUGAGGCAUAUGUAUGGUACACCAAGAUGUUUAAGAGGGGAAUUGUGCCGGAUGUUACUUUAUAUGCUAUCAUGAUACGUGGUCGUUUGGACCAAGCUAGAUCUCUUCAGCUUGAGGUUUCCAAGGACGAACAAUUUCAUAAUGCUUACACCUACACCAUUCUCAUCUAUGGCAUGUGUAGGAAUGGAAUGGUUGGAGAGGCACGGGAGAUAUUUAAUCAGAUGGAAAAACUUGGAUGUCUCCCUUCAGUUGUGACCUUCAGUGCUCUGAUGCAUGGCCUUUGCAAGGCUCGCAGAAUUGAGGAAGCACACCUUUUACUGCACGAGAUGGAGAUUGGGAGAAGCCCAUCUUUGUUUUUCCGGCUUUCUCAGGGUUCUGACAGGGUUUUUGAUAGUGUUAGUCUCCAGAAAAAGGUGGAGCAAAUGUGCGAGGCUGGUGAAGUUUUGAAUGCUUACAAGCUUCUCAAACAACUUGCUGGGAGUGGGGUUGUGCCUAACAUUAUCACAUACAACAUUUUAAUCAAUGGUUUUUGCAAAACUGGUAAUAUCAACGCUGCUAUCAAGCUUUUCAAGGAGCUGCAACUAAAGGGGAUCUCACCUGAUUCUAUUACUUAUGGGACACUUGUUGAUGGACUUUAUAGGGCUAACAGAGAAGAUGACGCCUUUAAGAUCCGUGAACAUAUGUUGAAGCAUGGUUGUCAACCUGGAUUAUCAAAUUCUAAUGCCCAUAUGAGCUGGUUAAACAAAAAGGGGAAGGUCUCGAUGGCCUUCAAUAUUUACUUUGAAUAUCUGAAAAGCCUUCCGAAGUUGGAUAAUGAUUCAAUCAACGUGUUGGAGAACCAUUUUAUCAGAGAAAAUGUGAAAGAAGUAAUUCGAGGCUUACUGGAAAUGGACUUCAAAUGUAGAGAUUUUAAUUUAGCUCCAUACACAAUUCUAAUUACUGGGUUCUGUAUGGCAAAAAAGAUAGAUGAAGCAUUAGCUAUAUUUUCUGUUCUUGGUGAGUUCAAUAUUAAUAUCAAUCCUACAAGUUGUGUACAUUUGAUUGAUAUUCUCUGUGAGGAAGGGAAGCUGGAUGAUACAGUAAACAUAUUCUUCUACACCCUAGAAAAAAGUUUCAUGUUGAGGCCAAGAAUUUGUAACAAGCUCCUCAAAUGUCUCCUUCUUUCGAUAGAUAAAAAGGACUAUGCUAUUGAUCUUGUUGACAGGAUGCAGUCCCAUGAAUACUGUUUGAAUUCACAUCAGUAUGACAAAGCAAUGUACAAGGGAUAG